UGACGUUGCGGACACCCCCGCGUGUGAAUGGUCUCGUCCAGACGCCAUAGUAACCAGUCUGUUGAGAAACGGCAAGAUGGCGGACAGCGAAGAGACUGCAGCGGACACUACGGCAGGUCAGUCUGAGGCUCACCCCGCCUCGGGUAAGUCUGCCGACAGCGCGCCGCCCGUACGCAAGUCCAAAAACCUGCAGGAGGCAACGCAGCAUCUGAAGGAAGAGGCCCUGCGUCGCUUUGUUCUCCAAGGAGGAGAGGAGAUGUCUACAACAGAGGAAGACCCUAGCAGUAAUAGUACUGGUCCUAGUGCUGAUGUAAAGAUGCCGAAGAGCGGUGGUACUGAGGAUGGGAGUGAUAAAACAAGCAGCGAUGCUCAAGCUCAGUCAGCGGACGCAAUCGCAGGCGAAGCAAACACUCUAAACAACAUGGCGUCCAAAGGUUCUGAUGUUACUGCUGACAAAGGUACUGAAGGUACCACCCAUGUCAUCAAUAAAGAUACCAACGAUACCUAUGAUAUUCACGAAGAUGACGCCCCAAGUACCACUGCAGAAGGUGGUACAGCGGUACCUGCAAAAAAUGAGGUACCCGCAGAAAAUGAGGUACCCGCUACAGAUGGGAAGUCAGAGAAUGAUGACGGAGCUGCAAGUAGCUCUGGUAAGCAGGAUGCAAGAGCAAAGCCCACAGGAGUAGAGUCAGGCCAGCCCAACACCCCAGCGGAGGGGAAAGCCGAUGCAUCCGGGAAUUCGAAGGAAGAAGUCCCCGGGGCUGCCAGCACUCAGGAAGGCAAACCUGCGUCUCCCACCACUCAAGCAGAGAAGGAUGAAACUCCGGCCCAGCAGACAAGCUCCAACUCUACGGAAAACCUCCAAGAGAAGUUGGAAGUAGCAAGCGACGUCCCUGCUGAAUCAGCUGCUGCUCCAAAUGAUGACACCACAAACCCAGAUUCUGCACAAAACGGAGAGGGGGCCGCUACAGCUGAUGAGCCCAGCCCACAGGAAGCAACUCCAGCAAAUACAGAAUCCACCCAAAAUGGAGCCGAAGCUCCUACAGCAAACGAAGACUCCAGCCAGCCUGCUGAGAGUGGCCAGGAACAGGGGCAACAAGACAUCCAGUGGGUGGAAGAAUCAGGACAGUCUGAGGACCAAGCUGCGGCAGACACAACUCAGGCAGCAGCAGAAGGUGCCGCAGACAAGACAGAGGAACCGUCCGAAGCAGUCCCUGCAGCAGGUGAUGAAGUGACAGCAGACAGCCAGCAGGGACAGCCCGACACCGACACAGCUGGAGAUCAGGUGCCACAGCCUGCUGCUCAGGACAGCACUCAGGAAAAGCAAGGGGACAGCACUGAAAAGCCGGAGACAGCAGCAACUGCUGAUGCCACCGAACAGCCUGCACAGCCAUCCGAUGACACUGCCGGCAAGGACGCUGACGCUGCUCAGGCUGCUGAACAAGAGAAACAGCCAGAGGUCACACCAGCAGACGCAGGUGAACAGCAAGCACAGCCAGAGGUCACUCCUGGAGAGGCUAGUGAACAGCAAGCACAGCAGGAGGAGACAGCAGCAGACAGUAGUGAACAGAAAGCAAAGCCUGAAGAGACUGCAGGACAGCCUGCAGAACAGCAGGCUGCACCAGAGGAAGCAGCAAAAGACAGCAGUGAACAGCAAGAAGUUGCCGACAAACCAAAGGAUGAUGCAGCACCGGCUGCAGCUGAAGCCGGCCAGGAGCAGGAAGCUGCACCUGUAACAGGUGACGAAGUUACCGAGGGCACAGAGGGCGGCAUGCCGGCCAACUUCUUCUACAACUACGCAGAGCGGGUGUCCAAACCACACGUGACUCAGGACUCCGGCAUUCCUCUCAACCUGAUGGAGCUACACCACUCGUUUGGGUACGACUGCAAGCGGCGCUCGAACCUUCACCUGGUGGAUAAGGACACGGUGGUGUUCAUUGCCGGGAACGCGGUGGAGGUUUUGGGUCUGGAGACGGGAGAACAGAAGUACCUGCACAGCACCAGUGGCAGGGGCGUCGGCGCACUGACGGUGCACCCAAGCCAGAAGUACUUCGCUGUAGCGGAGAAGGGUGACCAGCCCAACAUCAACAUCUACGAGUGGCCGUCCAUGCGGCUGUACCGCGUCAUGCGCGCGGGAACGGCCGAGGCCUACGCCUUCGUGGACUUCAACCCCAGCGGGGACCUGCUGGCCUCGGUCGGCAGCUACCCGGACUUCAUGCUCACCAUCUGGGACUGGAAGAACGAGCAGAUCGUCCUCAGGUCCAAGGCCUUCGGUCAGGACGUCUUCCGGGUGACCUUCUCACCAGAAAACGAGGGCUUCCUCACGUCCAGCGGUAUCGGCCACAUCAGAUUUUGGAAGAUGGCACGGACGUUCACGGGUUUGAAGCUGCAGGGAGAGCUGGGAAGGUUCGGCAAGACGGCCAUCUCAGACAUCGAGGGCUACGUGGAACUGCCUGAUGGGAAGGUACUAUCCGGUACAGAGUGGGGGAGCCUGCUGCUGUGGGAGGGGGGCCUGAUUAAGGUGGAGAUUGUGAGGAAGGGGAAGAAGCCGUGCCACCAGGGGGAGGUCGAGCAGCUGGUCAUGGACGAGGGAGAACUCAUCACCAUUGGAGCAGAUGGCUGCGUCAGGGUGUGGGACUUUGAGACGAUUGACACGGCCGACACCGUGGACGACACAAAUCAGUUUGAGAUGGAGCCCAUGAACGAGCUCAAGGUCGGCAGCGGCGUCCACCUCAAGUCCAUGACCAAGUCCGUGGACCCGGAACAGUCCACCAUGUGGUACGCACAGGAUGCCAAUGGAGGCAUCUGGAAGCUGGACCUCUCCUUCUCACACACGACAAAAGCCCCAGAGCAGUUGUACCACUACCACGCUGGGAAGAUUUCGGGGCUGUCGGCGUCUCCCAACACUCACCUGUUUGCCACCAUCGGAUCAGACAGCCGUGUGCAUGUGUAUGACCACGCUGCCAAGCUGCCCCUCUGUACUGCUAAGUACACUGCUGGUGGGUCUGCACUGUGUUGGGCACCUCUUGUGGUUGACCCUGAGGGCUCGACCCUGAUCGCAGGGUUCACGGACGGCGUGGUGCGCGUCCUGACGGUGGCUCGGAAGCCGCAGGCGGACGGGAACAGCGGCGGGGAUGCCCCCACGGAGAUCACGCUGCAGCAGGCCUUCAAACCGCACGCAGGCACAGUCACCGCCAUGGCACUGGACAGCAAGGGGAAGAUUCUCGCCACCGGGGGUGAAGACAAAACUGUGUUUUUCCUGACAGUGGGAGAGAAGUAUGAACCCAUCGGCUUCGUCUCUGUACCCGGACCGGUGUCAUGUGUCGAGUGGUCUCCUGAAUCUGAGGGUCCCCAGAAACUGCUAGUGUGCUGCACUAACGGCACGGUUGUGGAGUUGGCCGCCCCAGAGCCAGGGACAAUCGACACAUCGACAUCCUUCAAGAUCGAAGGUCUGGACAUGCGGGGAUUCACCUUCAAAAGCAUCAAGUCAGAGCUACGGAGGGAAGAAGAACGAAUCAGGAAGGAGGAAGAGAGGGAGCAGAGGAAGAAGGAAAGAGAACGAAGGAGAAAGAUCCGGCAACAGCAGGGGAUAGAGGAUGAUGAAGAAGAAGUUGAGGAAGGUGAGAUUGAGCUGGAGACGCCCAUGUACCUCCCCCCUGUACCCAGCCCCAUCCUGCAGGGCUUCUACCACGGACCCCCCGGAACUGUCUGGCUCUCUAUGGGUGAGUUUGAUGCAGGUUACCUGUAUGAGUGUAAGCUUCCCGAGGAUGCUGAGGGGAUCGAGGCUGUGAAACCCGGCAGAGCGGUACCCAUGCUGGAGACGGACGACGUGCCCAUCACCUGUAUCUCUCUCAGCUGUAACCAGCGACAGGUGCUGCUAGGCCUGGAGAACGGCAGCGUUCGGAUCCACCCCCUGGAGGGAGACGAUGACUGGGAGUCGCGGGACAUCGCAGCUGAGUUCGGCGCCUACUGGCAAUACAGCAUCCACGACUCGCACGCUGGCAGCGUCACGCAGAUCGCCACCAGCUUCGACGACCAGUACCUCUUCACGGCCGGCGCGGACGGAAACGUCUUCGCCUUCAAGGUCCUGUCUCAGGAGGAGAUCGACCGGUCCAGGGCGGCCGAGAGGGCAAAGGUCCCCUCAGCGAAGUACAAGGAUGAGGAGGCCAUCAGAAGGGUGGAGGAUAUUGAGAGUGAAGACCAUUACAGCAUCGAAGAUGCCAAGCAGAAGGCGGAGCACGACAAGAUGAUGCGGCUGGCCGAGGAGCAGAAACAGAAAACGAGGAAAGCCAUCAACCAGCUGCGGCGGAAGUUCAACAAGCUGAUCGAACAGAACCAGGAGCUUCCGGGACACGCACAGCUCGACAGAGUGGAGUUUGAGCUUGACCCUGAGAACCGUACGGAGAUGGAGCGGGUGACUCUGGAGCGGCUGCAGCUGGUCCAUCGGGAGCUUGACUGGGAGAAGGAGAAACACUCGCUGGCCCUGCACAAGCUCAAGGCUAGGUUUAAGGACAUCCUGAUGUCGGAGCGGCUGGUGGUGCACAGUUUCGAGACGGGCCACCUGGUGUCGACGUUCCGGCUGGGGAAGCUGUCGGAGGAGUACUACCAGCUCCGGAGGGAGAUGGAGCAAAGACAGUCGUCUGUGGUGGAGCCCGGGGAGUUCGGCAGCACACGGGAGUCAACGGACUACUCCCUCAAAGCUGCGAAGGAGAGUGAGGAUGAGGAUGAGCCUAGCCAGGCCGGCCUGGGGAUCCCCGGGACGGUCCCGAAGAAGGGGCAGGUCCAGCUGACGGGACGGCUGGGGGAGAAGGUCGCCAAGGCCCUGAGGAAGGCCGAGCUCGCCAAGAAAAGACGGGAGAAAAGACAGACGGAGUGGGACGCUCUGCUCAGCAACAAGCCAGAUGAGAACUAUGAGGACCCGCAGGACCUGGCAGACAUCAAAUACGCUCAGGAGAACAUGGGGGACGUAAAGCUGAAGACUGCCAAGGACUACACGGUGCCAGAACACCUGAGGAUGAACGCAGAGAAGAAGAGAAACCAGCUCAUUGUCCUGAGAGGAUUGAUUCAUCACCAGAAGGAGUUGUUUAAUAGGCGGGUUUACGCUUUGAGGCAGGAGAAAAUCGGUGUGAUAGAAGAGAUCCAGCAGCAUGUAACGGCCCUGGAAGCCUUACAGACAAAGUUGGCUCCCAGUAAGAGGAAGGGUCUGCCUCCUGUACCACAGCUGCUGCCUGAUGAACAGCCGGAAAAACAAAUGGAGUAUGACCGUGCGUCUCUGCUGAAGUUUAAGAAAGACCUGGCAGCCCGAGAGGCGGCUGCUCUGAAGGGCACAGACAGCAGCGGCGGGUUUGGGGGAUUUGGGGGGUUCGGUGGGGGAGGAAAGGCUCCGGAGAAACAGGCCGAGGCGGCCCCACAAGCCUCUCCCCCUCCAGAGUCGGACGCAAACAAACAGGCCACCGUUUCCCCGACGACUGCAGCAGCGCAGGAGAGUCAGUGGCAGGCCGGCCAGGAGGACCUGACACCGCUGGAGGUACAGCUGCGAAAUGCUGAGGAGAUCAGACUGCUGUACAAAAGAGACACCCAUCUGGAGGAGGUUGCCGACCUCCUGAGCCGGUUCGACGCCAAGUUGCAGCUGCUCUGCCACGAGAAACUCCAGCUGCAGGUGGAGCAGAAGAUGGCGGACCUGCGGCAUGUGACGUUGUUCGAAGAGCUCGUACUCCUCAAGGAGUUCGAGAAGAGAGAGAACGUCCUUGCUGACAAGGUCAACAACAAGAAGCAGGAGAGGGCCGACAUGGAGGUCAAGGUGACGGAAUGCCAGGCCAAACUGGAGGCGAAGAAGAAGGACAUCGACAAACUCCUGGACAAGGAGAGAGUCCUGCUGUCCACCUUCCAGGCGUCUCUCGGAGACAACAACAAGUUUGCAGACUUCCUGACGAAGGUGUUCAAGAAGAAAAUCAAGAGAGCGAAAAAGAAGGCAGAGUCAGAAGAGGGGUCUGAUGAUGACAGUGAUGACUCUGAUGACGAGUCAGACUGGUCCAGCAGUGAGGAGGAGGGAAGCGAGGAGGGAGGUCUGGACGACAGCGUCUGCCCACCUGGCUGUGACCCGGAAAUGUUUGACAACGUGUGUCAGCUGCGGGAGCGGAGACUGGACAUUGAGGAGGCCCUGGCCGAGGAGAAGAAAGCCCAAGACGUCUUAAAGAAGGAAUACGAGACGCUGACCAAGAAGGCCCGCAUCAUGGACUCGGCUCUCAAGACGGCAGAGGGCGACUUGGAGGCCUUCCAGCUUGAGAAGCAGCAGAAGCUGAACGAGCUGGACGUUGUUGUUCCCCUGAGGCUGCACCAGGUGGAGCACAUGUACAACGGCAUCGUGCCGAACGACCUGUCCCCCUGCCUGGUCUUCACCGCCUCCGCCAUGGGCAACCUGCAGCACAGGAUCAAGGAGCUGCAGCAGGAGAAAAAGUACAGAAGAACAGAUACAAGGAGUACCGUCAGCAGCACGUUCAGCUGCUGAAGGACCGUAAGGAGAUGGAGGCUGUGAUCGCCGAGCUGGAGGAGAAGUGCCACACCAUGAUGAUGCUGAAGUUCGGCCGCAUCGUCGACCUGGAGCGGCUCGAGUCCCUCCGCGUCAACCGCAACAUUGAGGAGCUCAAGGAGAAGCUGAGAGCGAACGAGCUCAAGUCGGCCGCAAACCUCGCCAAGUGGGGGGAGAGAGUUCAGGCAGAAAGAGACAGGAUAACGGAGCUGACCAGAAACAACACCCAGCUGCUUGAUCAGCUCAACCUGCUGCUGGGAGAGAGGAAGGACCUGGAGACGGCGCUCGACGCUCGGCAGAAAAACCUGGGUGGUGAGUACCAGGGUAACCGUCGUGCCGACAUGCGCGAGCGACAACGCCUCAUUCAACUGGUGCAGCUGCAGGCACAGGAGAUAGAGGCUCU